AUUCUAACAAGGUGGCGCCACAUUCGAACACAUGUCAAAACAUAGCAGACAGUUGUUUGGCGGUGGACAACGGUAGCCAAAAUACUACAUCGACUGUAGAGACGUCAUCACUGUCAUAACAACGGCUACAGAGUGGUAUCCCCCUGGACAAGUACCACAUUUUCUGGAUGUUUUCCACGAAUAAUUACACCUCUAGGAUGUAGCUGUUGGAUUCUCCAACGUCAUGAAUGCCAAAUUCUAAAUGAAGGCCCAAUUUGUGUUUUAUUGGGUUUGAACUCCAAGAUCAAGGCAUUGGUCGCUUGCGAAGGUGACACCAAUUCAUGUGCCAGUGUUUCGGCACUUGUUUAAGUGUGUUGGAAUUUACAACAACAUACCCUGUUCUCAGGAUGUCACGGAAAAUUAGCAACAAUAAUUCCCUCGUCAACUACAGAAACCUCGGCAAGUCAGGGCUGAGAGUCUCCUGUGUCGGUCUAGGGACAUGGGUUACAUUUGGUGGUCAAGUCACUGAUGAGGUGGCUGAAGAAAUCCUGACACUAGCCUACGAGAGUGGAAUCAAUUACUUUGACACUGCUGAGGUCUAUGCUGCUGGAAAUCAUAAGAAGGAUAAUCCCGAUCUACCUAUAUCUGCCUACCAACAGAUGCAGGUAGCCUGCGAGGGGGCAGAAAUUCUACUCGGGAAACUUCUAAAGAAAAAGACAUGGAGACGAUCAAGUUAUGUCAUUUCAACAAAAAUAUAUUGGGGCGGAAAAGCCGAAACAGAAAAAGGUCUUUCAAGAAAACAUAUUUUAGAAGGUCUGCGAGGCUCACUAGACCGUUUACAACUUGAGUAUGUCGACAUUGUUUUUGCCAAUAAACCUGACCCGCAUACACCUAUGGAAGAGGUGGUGCGAGCGUUCACCCAUGUGAUAAACCAGGGCUGGGCCAUGUACUGGGGGUCGUCACGAUGGAGUGCCACAGAAAUCAUGGAAGCCCAUUCAGUUGCGAGACAGUUUAAUCUGAUUCCACCCGUUGCUGAGCAAGCAGAGUACCAUUUGUUUCACCGAGAGAAAGUAGAACUCCACAUGCCAGAGCUUUACCAUAAAAUAGGUAUAGGAACAGUGACGUGGUCCCCACUAGCGGGUGGGGUACUGACAGGGAAGUAUGAUGAUGGUGUUCCUAUAUACUCCAGAGCAGCUCUAAAGGGCUAUGUUUGGUUGAAAGAGAAAAUUUUAUCUGAAGAUGGACGACGACAGCAAGCCAAACUACGAGAGGUGGCUAUUAUAGCCGACAGAAUAGGGUGUUCUUUAUCACAGUUAGCUAUAGCAUGGGGUUUGAAGAAUGACAAUGUGCAUUGUGUGCUCCUCGGAGCUUCCUCAGUCGACCAGCUUUAUGAAAAUAUUCAAGCUAUACAGUAUGUUCCCAAACUUACUGCAGACAUAAUGUGCGAAAUAGACAAAAUGUUAGGAAACCGGCCACAGCAACGUAAAGACCCGUACAGGACAAAGAGCGUACCCUCCAUACAGUUACAAAAUGGGGGAGUCCAUAUCUAACCCAACACAGUAAGGGAUUUCAGGAGAUACAAGCUUCAUAGGUGAUAUCCAUUAGCAGGUUAUUUUUGCAACAAGCUUCAUACGUGAUAUCCAUUAGCAGGUUAUUUUGGCAACACUUUUAUCAUAAAUUGAUGUCAAAAUAAGCGAUUUAAAUUUUGGCAAUCUAUAAGAUACUAGAAAACUAAACAUUUUGCGUGAAAUUCAUAGAUUUGGCAAAAUGUAUCUGUUACAAUGUGAAACGGAAAAUUGUUAGUUUCUUGUCAUUGCUUAGCGAUUGCGCAGGUCUAGACCCAUCUUUAUUCUAGACUUUGCCGCAAUAAAAUAGCCUCUGUAUGCAAGCGAUAGAUUUGGAUACAGCAAUAAGCGACCAGGCUUAAAACCGAAGUGUUUUGGAAGACAGAAAAAAAUACAAGUUGGAUAAAAUAAAAGAUCAAGAUGACGACUUGCCAAAUCGUCGGUAUUACACAAACACGAAAAAAACACAGUACAGUUUAUCAUCUAGCACAAAAUAUCCUAUAUGCGUUUUAGACCAUAUUCAGACAUGCAUACACGUUUGAUCUGUUUUUGCCCUAAUAGCUGAAAAAAACUCUCCGGUGAGGUUUCGUUCUACUAGGAUACAAAACUGCCUGGAAAACAACAAACAUAUACAUAUGAUAUCAAAAAUAUAAUAAAAUAUAAUCGUGAUUAUUAUUAAGUUUUAUAUAGCUAUCACAUACGUUUAUAAAUGUGAAAAGUGUGUAAUUGCAUUCAUUGUGACGUUAUAGGAAGAAGCAAUGAAAUGAUGUCAUGAAUUCAGGUUUUCUUUUUAUUAUUUUUUGUAACAUAAUAUGUUAUUUAAUAUCGGUAAGUCGAAAACCGUUUCCAUUCCGUCUUAUUAAUAAAACAUACACAAAUUGUGUCCUGUAUAUACUAUAUUUUGCAAAUGUUCAUGCAUUAUACUUAAGACAUGUUUAUUUUUUUGUCCAAAUGUGAUAAAACUUAUGCGUUAAUAUGCAUGUUGCAAAUUUAGGGUUGAUUUUCAGUAUAACUUAUUCUAUUAACAUAUGUAAUUUGGACCUGUCUAAAAGAGCUUCGUCGUCCUAGUGCAAGCAAAAGGCUUUCAUACAAUGAGCAUCAGAACCUGUUAAAAUAUUGUAAAGUUUCUUCAAGUGGUUACGCUCACUUUCGUUCUUUGCUCCCUGGAAAGUGUCACAAUAAAACCAAGGCAUUCAGUUAGCGAUUUGAUUGGUUUCAGGUUAAAAAAUAGGCUGAUACCUGUCCGUUGAAGCUUACAAAGGAGCGCUACCUGACUUCAAAGCCGGUCGAAUUUACCGUUACUUUUCUGCGCGAUUCUUUCGAUGUACAUCAAAUGAUGACAUGUGUUAACUGGUUUCAUCCACAAGGUACAGAGCCUACAAUUUCUUCAUGACAUUUUCGAGGAAUCAAAGAACGCGAGUGAGUGUAACCCAAGGAAUGUUGAGAAUGGUUAUUUAGUCGUGACAUGUUCUCGCAUUACUAGUAAUAUCUUGAAUGUUAAAAUGUUAUAAUGGUUGUCUAAGCUUCAAAUAUAUGCAUGUAUGAAUACAGGAUAUGGUUUUUCUCCCAUUGAGACUGUGUUUUCUUUUUCUGUUAUAGAAUGAUACCGUUUUGUAAUUAGCAUCUUCUACAUGACUGCCGUUCUUUGUGUGUGCACGCGGGCACCUUGUAAGUUAACUGUUUGGUUAUUUUGUGGACACACCACCUGCUACUGAUCUCUGUAAAACAUUAACAAUUAAUUAAGAUUGGUAUUCCUGUAUCAUGAUAAACAGGCAGGACUAGAAUUAAAGGGGAAAUCAGACAUUCCACACGUAUACCUAGAUUUUCGAUUUUGGUAUUCUGAAUAGCAAUGUUAGAUCAGACUUUUAUAUUGAUAGUGGCAGUAUAUAUCAAGCCCAUUGAUCAGGUUUUCUUACUUUUAGCCAGUGAGUCAUAAAUGACAAAUUAGUCUUAAAUAAACGGGAAAUAUCACAGUAGCCUGGGUGUCCACCCAUCCAAUAAAUUUUGAUGGGAAGGAAGAUUAAUAGAUUAUAAAGUCGCUACCUUUUCUACUUGCGUCUUGAAUUCUUACUUUUAGAUAAUUGUGGUAUAUAUGAUACAUUUUUACAAUAAUAAUAAAAAAAAGAUAAUAAAAGAUUUGGUUCACAAUAAAAGCUUAAUAGAUAUUAAUAUACUCAGAUGCUAAUAUGUUACGUGAUAUAUACGUCUUUGAUAUAAUGGUGUGCAUUUAUAAAUUUAAAGCGUUGAUAAUAAAUAUGCCCUGUGAUAAAAGCUGGUUAACCAGCAUUCGGGAGUCGCUAUUCCGAUAGAUUACCUGGUUCACUGGUAUACCGUGAAGGUCAAACCCCCUCAUCAGCAAAUAUUACAUUGCAGUCACUGUCUAAUAUUGAAAUACAAGAGUGCAACACAUUUGACUGGCUUGUGAAGCAUGUGAUUGGCUACUGACUUGUUAAUUACUAAUGAGCAAACCACGGUGGACACUUAUUUUUACCGAUUAUCUUGUUAAUAUUUCAAACAUAUUUAGAGUCAUUUGUUUGACAGAACACUUCCUAGUUGAAUUAUAAUAAGACUGACUUACUGGCGUCCUAACUAUACUUAAACAAAGUAUGUUUACACGUGUAAAUUACUGUAUAACGGGGAAAUUUCGCCGCAGUUUAACUCCUCGAAGUUUUUGCCCUCCCCAGUGAAGGCGAAUCAACAUACAAUACAAAGUACAUGUAAUUGCAUGUAAAUAGCGAAAUUUGCACAGGGCGAUCUUGGAUGUUAUCGGCAAAGGGCAAAUAUUUGACUUGACGAAAAUUUCCCGAUAUACAGUAUUAAUAUUUAUGGAGGAAAUGUGAAUGGAUCACAAACUAUUAUUUGAGUUAGCCAAAUUAUUAGAAAUAAAAUAGUAGUACAGUUUUGCCAUUUUUUUUCCCAUGAAUUCAUCAAUAUGUUUUUCUCCCUGGCAUGUGGUUUUGGUAUUUGCCCAAUACUGUUUCGUGCAGUGUCUGAAAAUGUCACCAUUCAUAAUUAGAAGUCACUGUUAACAUCACACAUAUUUAUCAGAGCAGAUGCUAAUAAUUGCAUAGAUAUUGUAUUGCUUAUCAUUCAAAUAUACAUGAAUUUGUAUGCAAAUUGUCCAGAACUGUUCAUAAAGAUAUCUUAAUCAUAAAAUGUCAUCCGUCAUGUUUGAACCGUGUAACCAAUGUUUAAUGUUAAAAUUGGUUAGUUGAUUCAGACACAAUUGAAUAUGUAUAUGGCAUUAUGUUUUAUAAAAAUGUAUUUCCAUGUUUGAUUAUUUAUUUGGUUUCAUACUGUAUUAACGUCUAAGAUCAUAAAGGUGUCAGUCACAUGUCCGUUUCACGUGUUGAAGAUGUAUCUUUACAAUACCUAAAUGUUCACACUUGCGUGUAGAUAAUAUUAUGUAAUUUAUUCUGUGUUGUUCAAAACGAAAUUGGUUCCGACAUCAUUACGGCAUUACUAAUCUUUGAUUCAAGAUGUCAGUAGCAUUUAAAUGUCAUGCAGUGUGUAUUAUAAAACAUACAAAAACACCUAUUUCAUAAAACAAUAUGAAAUGAUAUACAAACACCUUGAUGUUUUAGAUUCACCGAUCCAUAACUAAUGUUUAGCCUUUUUCUUCAGGUUCACCAAUCCAUCAGCUUUUAAACGUUAAUUGAUCAGGUGAACCAUCACCUUUUAAACGUUAAUUGAUCAAUCAAAUAAACGAUGUUGUAAGAUUCGCUUUUCUUAUCAAUUUACGUUUGUUCAAAGUUCCAAUGAUCCAUUUGUUUACUCUCUUCAUGUCUGUUGAUCCAUUGACAUAUGUUCAAAUAUUCUUACCUAACUAUCAUUGAUCCAUGAAUUCAUGUAUUUCCAAAAGUUCAUUGAUUCAUAAAUAAACGUAUGCUUUAUUUGAUUAAUCAAAUUUUACAGUUAUUGUAAUUUAUUACUGACUUAAGUUCUAUACUGUUCAUUUCGAAUUUUAGAAUAUCACUAUCUAGUCGAUGUUUGACAAAUAAUAUUUUGAUCUCCCUGACCUCAUGAAGAUUAAUAUUCGACAAUUUAUCUUGCCAAAAUCACACAUUCUAUGAUAAGUAUGCCUGCAUUACCUUUUUUACGCACAAAACUUUUUUUGAUAUUACUGGUAAUAUUAUGCAGCUCCGUACUAGCGUCAGUAAAUAUGUAUAUCAAAUACAAAGUUGAAUAUUUCUGAAUUAUUUUCGAAAACAUGGCAUUACAACUGAGUAUAUAUAAGUUGUGUGGUUUUAUUUUUCAUCGUAGUAUUAAAGUCGAUAUUAUAUACAGAAGUAGAACACUAAUAAAGUAUUUUGAUUAUGAUUAGUUAUACGUUAUAUAGAUAUGUGUAAUUUACGAUAAGUUUGUUUUUUUAUUUAACAUCCAUUGUUUAUUGAUUCCAUUAUUUAGAUAUAUGUGAUUUGUUGUUUAUUACAACAAUGGUUUCGUUAUCAUUCCUGAUGCAUCUGACCCCUGUGUGAGCCCUGCCCUCACCUAUAGCAUUAGUUUGCGAUCCUGAAAACAUAAUCAAUUAUCUUACAAAAGUGUAAAAUAUUUUUUGUAUUGACCAAAAUGAAUGAAGAUAAAAAAACGUUAACGUAAAAUGAGAAUGAAGCCUACUUUUCAUUAAUCAUAUCCAGUACAGUAACCUCGUUAACUCGAAUACGGAUAUUUUGCAUACCCACUUUAUCUUAUGGUUUAUCAAUUCUGUGUUUCAAUCCAAGUUUUUGUUUAACAAUCCAAACCUGAUAUCUCAAAAACUCUUGCUAGUUUCGUAGGUGUUCUCGUUUCGAUGACAAUGUUACUGCUUUGUAUUUGAGUCUGAUAUAUCGAAGUUUGUUUAUCUAAACGUGUUAUCUUUUCCCAACAACUUCGUUAUCACGGUUUUGCUUUUAUUGUAUAGGCCUCGGCCAUUGAAUUAUAUUAAUGAUAUCUACAAUUAUGUAACUUUUGCGGUUAUUUGUCUCUUUCUUUGUUUUUUCGGUAACAAUAUACUGCUUUGAUUUAACGUCUAAUUUCAGGUUGAAUAACUAAUCAGUAAUGUAAUAGAACAGGAUUAUCCAGUGUUAAAAAUUGUUUAAUUUAAAAUACGAAAACGAAAUCUAGAUGGAUCUACUACUACUUCUGGUUACAUAAACUGGUAAAAAAUGUCCUUACAUGUCAAUAGUAAUUAUGUUGAGAAACCAUUGCAACACAAAUACUGGAGUAAACAUUUUCAAUGCAUUUUAUGCCAUUUGUUUUCAAGAGAAACAACGAGAGCAUAAUAGCUAAUGGGGUUUUGUCAUGAUCUUACUACAGGGGAAGUUGCGUGGCGUGGCAUUCCUUCAUGCAUUCAGUUAUUUUCUAUAUGACAAUUGAUACAGAAUGAUUAGAUUGUAGAUACGUUUAUAUUUACAAUAUAUAGCAAAGGGUGUUUUUUAUUUGUUAAAUAUUCGGGCAAACGUUGUAAAUAUAAUAGAUCAUGGCGAUUUUAUUUGCUCAGUCUCAAUUAAAUGAUGAGU